UGUGGUUCGUACGUCCUUACCUCAAGUUGGUCAGAAAUUCACAGACUUGGCUGAGGCAUGGUCAUUUUGGGUUAACUAUGGAGGCCGGGCAGGUUUUGAGGUCAGAAAAAGGUCAAGCUGGAAAAGUAAAAUUGAUGGAAUGGUAACUUCAUGUAGAUAUGUGUGUGCAAAGGAGGGUCGUCGAGUACAAGACAAGAGGGAUCAUCUCACAAAGAACCCUAGAGCUGAAACAAGAACAGAUUGUGAUGUCCAUAUGUGUCUUUCAUUAGAUCGAGUGGCAGGACAUUAUGAAGUGGUGGAGGUAGUGCUUGCUCACAAUCAUGGUGUCUACUUACCACAAACUUUCCAUUUGAUGUCAUCACAACGGAGGAUUUCAGAAUUGCAAGCCGUUGAAAUUGAGGCUGCCGAUGACUCUGGAAUUAGGCCAAGGCAUGCACAUGACUUGGCUAGUCGCCUUGUUGGGGGGCCAAUGAAUCUCAGCUACACGCCUCGUGAUCACAAAAAUCACUUGCAGAGCAGGCGCCAAAGAGAGUUAGCAUAUGGUCAGGCGGGAAGCAUGUUGAAGUAUUUUCAACAAAAUCACUUGCAGAGCAGGCGCCAAAGAGAGUUAGCAUAUGGUCAGGCUGAGAAUCCGUCUUUCCAGUAUACUUUACAAUUGGAUUCCGAAGAACAAAUAAGUACUAUAUUCUGGGCUGAUGCAAAGAUGUGCAUUGAUUAUGCAUACUUUGGAGAUGUUAUCGCCUUUGACACUACUUUUGGCACAAACAAAGAAUAUAGGCCUUUUGGUGUUUUCGUCGGAUUCAAUCAUUUUAGAGAGACCGUUAUUUUUGGUGCUGCUCUUUUGUUUGAUGAAACACGUGGCUCUUUCAAAUGGUUAUUUGAGGCUUUUGUAGAGGCACACAACGGAAAGCAACCUAGAGCUAUAUUUACCGAUCAAGACACGGCAAUGGGAUUGGCUGUUGGGGAUGUUUUCACCCAAGCAUGGCAUGGCUUGUGCACCUACCACAUCAUGCAAAAUGCCGUCAAGCACUUGUGCAAUAGCAAAGUUGAAGAAUCAAAAAAAGAGGAAGAUGAAGAACCUCAUAUCCUCUUAGAUUUCAGCGCUUGUAUGUAUAAUAUUGAGGACAAGGCAGCCUUUGAAGAGGCAUUUGACAUCAUGAGAAAUAAGGUGGAUAAGAAGAAGGCCUCAUGGCUAGAUAGCAUCUACAAGUUAAAAGAAAAGUGGACUGAAUGUUACAUGAGGGAUGUUUUCACAUUGGGAAUGAGAAGCACACAAUUAAGUGAGAGUUUCAAUAGUGAUUUGAAAAAACAUCUCAAAUCAGAUUUUGACAUCAUUCGCUUCUUAAAACAUUUUGAAAGGGCUGUGCGAGGAAAAAGAAACAAGGAGCUAGAUGCAGAAUUUGAAGCUACUAAAAAGCUGCCUAGAAUAGGGAUGGAGACUCCUAUGUUGUUGCAAACAAGCGAAGCUUACACACCGACCAUAUUUGAAGCAUUCAAAUCUGAAUAUAGAAGAUCCAUGGCUGCAUGUAGUAGAGCAUUGGAUGGAGAUAAUACAUAUGCUGUUACAAUUGUGAGGGCUAAUGGUGAUUUGAGUUCCGAACUAGAGCGCAUAGUUGUCGGUGAUCCCUUGGAGCAAACGGCUUCUUGUAGCUGUUUUCAGUUUAAAAGGACCGAAGUAUUGUGUGUGCAUGCUUUAAAAGUUCUUGACUUGAUGAAUAUCAAGUUAUUGCCAAACCAUUAUCUUUUAAAGAGAUGGACCCGAGAAGCAAAAUCUGAAACUAUACAAGAUACCAAAGGAAGGGAUAUAAUUGAAGAUCCAAAAUUGGAUGCUAUGUUGCGCUACAAGUUUGUUUCUCACAAAUUUCAUGAUUUUGCAAGUGAAGCCGCAAGCGAUCCGGAAUGUAUCUUGUUGGUGGACAAUGCAUUGGACAUCCUUGCCAAGCAAGUACGGGAAAAACUGAGGAUAUCUAGAAGUAUUUUGAGUGAAUCCUCUAAUGUGCGGCCUAAUGUUCAACAAGAUGAGGGUUUGCUUAGUUCUGCACGCCUCAAGAAAAAAGAGGUUCAACCGAAAAGUUCAAAGAGACAUAAACCUUGGAUCGAGAAGACACGCAAGUACAAAAAGAAAGACCCAAAGGAAUCUAGCCAGCAAGAGAAAGAGAAUCAAGUUGGUGGAGAAACUCAAGCAACAACUGAAAAUGCUAAUAAUGCCAGCAAUGCAUUCAGGAGCUACACAGACUUGCUAAUGGGUUCUAAUGGAAUUGAUGAUAUGGAUUUUGGAGAUCUUCUUUAGGUUCCUAUUUCAUGACAAGAAGAAGAUAGUCCAUCUUCUUCUUUUGGCCUGAAUAUGUUCAGCUUGAAGAAAUUUGUGAAAAACACUGCAAAAUGGUGUUCUUUUGUGUAGAACCUGCAGCUCUAGUACUAUAUUUUGUUGGAGGUUAUUAUGGUUAUUUGUAUCAUGACUAAUGUUUGUAUUCUGGUUGAUUUUGGUUGAAUUCUGGUUGAAAACGGAGUAUUUUUACAGGUUUCUAUCCA